GGUCCAGGGUCACACAUAUUUUUGUAAAAGGGGUACGCGACCCCCCUGCAUGCAGCAGUUUUAUUGUCAUUGUGGUAGCUCUGUGCCCCUGACAGCACUUUUUUCGGGACGCGCCAACAAUGUCCAAAAUGCAGUCUGAUAAUCUGUCCGCUCUCGCUAGGCUCCGAGGCUGAGCCCGGCUGUGGUCUGCAGUCGGCUGUAAGUAAUGCUCCAGGAGAAACAUCUGUUGCUGUGUCCUCGCCGCGGUUUGUGAGGCUCCCGUCCGCCGCUAGGGUUUGCUGCAGUGAUUUCCUCAGCCCUCCUGCCCUCCUGCAGCAGGAGAACCAGCCAGCAGCCGUGUUCAGACACGAACAUGCACGCUAGCCGGCUCGGAAAGUUUCGCGGCAGCUCACUGACAACAGCGCACUGAGCGCAUGUCUGGAGACGCCCGGUUGCGCAGGAAAACGCAAAAGCAUGACGGCCAAGAGAAGCGCUUUGCAGCCGCUGUCCAGCUCCCGCAUCCCGGCGGAGAGGAAGGGAGCGGCUGAGCGCCUUCAUAACCCCGAGCGCUGUGCCUCUUCCCCGCAGGAGCCGGAGAAACCAGCGGCGUCCGCCUCGGGGGCUGUCGGGGGCUCCGGGCCGGUGGUGGACGAGUCAUCCGACAGCGAGGGAGAGCAGGAAGGACCGCAGAAACUCAUCAGGAAAGUGUCAACCUCCGGGCAAAUACGGAGCAAGGCGAGCGUGAAGGAAGGGCUUCUUCUGAAACAGACAAGCUCGUUCCAGCGUUGGAAAAAGCGGUAUUUCAAAUUGCGGGGACGGACGCUCUACUAUGCCAAGGAUGCCAAGUCUCUUAUUUUCGAUGAGGUGGAUCUUUCAGAUGCCAGUGUUGCCGAAUCAAGCACAAAGAAUGUCAACAACAGUUUCACGGUAAUUACACCGUUCCGAAGGCUUAUCCUGUGCGCCGAGAACAGGAAAGAAAUGGAGGACUGGAUCAGCUCGCUGAAAUCAGUUCAAUCCAGAGAGCAUUACGAGACGGCACAGUUUAAUGUGGAACAUUUCUCAGGGAUGCACAACUGGUAUGCCUGCUCCCACGCUCGCCCUACCUUCUGUAACGUCUGUCGGGACAGCCUCUCAGGGGUCACUUCUCAUGGCCUCUCUUGUGAAGUGUGUAAAUUCAAGGCCCACAAAAGAUGCGCAGUCAGGGCCACCAACAACUGCAAAUGGACAACGUUGGCCUCUAUCGGCAAGGACAUCAUUGAGGACGAGGAUGGGAUUGCGAUGCCACACCAAUGGCUGGAAGGCAACCUGCCUGUCAGUGCUAAGUGUGCCGUUUGUGACAAAACCUGUGGCAGCGUGCUGCGCUUGCAGGACUGGCGUUGUUUAUGGUGCAAGGCCAUGGUGCACACGGCAUGCAUGGAUCUCUACCCCCGCAAAUGUCCCCUCGGCCAGUGCAAAGUGUCCAUCAUCCCCCCUACCGCCCUCAACAGCAUCGACUCAGACGGUUUCUGGAAGGCCACCUGUCCCCCAUCAUGCGCUAGUCCACUCCUCGUGUUUGUCAACUCAAAAAGCGGAGACAACCAAGGGGUAAAAUUCCUGCGUCGCUUCAAACAGCUGCUCAAUCCCGCUCAGGUCUUUGACCUGGUCAACGGUGGACCUCAUUUAGGUCUUCGCUUGUUCCAAAAGUUCGAUAACUUCCGAAUCCUGGUGUGCGGUGGAGAUGGAAGCGUCGGUUGGGUCCUGUCUGAAAUCGAUAAACUAAAUCUUCACAAACAGUGCCAGCUGGGCGUUCUGCCGCUGGGCACCGGGAAUGACCUGGCGCGGGUGCUCGGCUGGGGGCCGUCGUGUGAUGAUGACACUCAACUCCCUCAGAUACUGGAGAAGCUGGAGCGAGCCAGCACCAAGAUGCUGGACAGGUGGAGUAUAAUGACGUAUGAGAUUAAAAUACCUCCCAAACACAGCUGCCCCGCCACACCUGAGGAGGCAGAGGACGGCCAGUUACAGAUAUCUGUUUAUGAGGAUUCAGUGGCUGCUCAUCUCACAAAGAUCCUGAACUCAGAUCAGCACUCAGUGGUCAUAUCUUCAUCGAAGGUGUUGUGUGAGACGGUGAAGGAAUUUGUGGCCAAAGUUGGGAAGUGUUAUGAGAGAAGCAGUGAGAGUACGGAGGAAGCUGAUGCACUUGCCCUCAAAAGUGCGAUUCUGAACGAGAAGCUGGACUCCCUCCUGCAGACGCUCAAUUUGGAGGCGCAGGCCAUGACGCCCUCAGCCCUCACCACGCCACCCAUCGUGGAGGAGGAGGUGGAGGAGGAGGAGCUGGAGGAGGAGGAGGAUCUGAGUGAAGAGUCUUUAACGGAGCUGAAGGAGAAUGAGACUGAGAAAGGCUCUGCUCAUAAGCUCUUCAGACCCCGCGAGCAGCUCGUGCUCAGAGCCAACAGCCUGAAGAAAGCGCUCAGACAGAUCAUCGAGCAGGCGGAGAAAAUGGUGGACGAGCAGAACACUCACACGGAGGAGCAGGAGCUGCAGUCUCCCACAGACUUCAGGAAGGACAGUGAGGAGGAAAACAGAGACAACGAGAAGGACGAGGACACUAAAGAACUGGAAGCCUUGCCCUUGACUAAGUCGCCGUGUUCGCCGCCAGAGAGGCGUGUGAGUCGCAGCACGCAGUCCUGCGGCUCUUUUUCCAUCACGCCCUUCACCACAAGCAAGGAGAACCUGCCUGUUCUCAACACGCGGAUCAUCUGUCCCGGUCUGCGGGCAGGUCUUGCUGCCUCUAUAGCUGGAAGCUCCAUAAUCAGCAAGAUGCUGCUUGCCAACAUCGAUCCCUUUGGUGCAACACCCUUCAUAGAUCCUGACCUGGACUCUCUAGAGGGCUAUUUGGAGAAGUGUGUGAUGAAUAACUACUUUGGGAUUGGGUUGGAUGCAAAGAUCUCACUGGAGUUCAACAACAAGCGAGAGGAGCACCCAGAGAAAUGCAGAAGUCGCACUAAAAACAUGAUGUGGUAUGGAGUUCUGGGGACGAAAGAGCUUCUGCAGCGGACCUACAAGAACUUGGAGCAGAAAGUUCAGCUGGAGUGUGACGGCCAGUACAUCCCACUCCCCAGUCUCCAGGGAAUCGCUGUGCUGAACAUCCCCAGCUAUGCCGGGGGAACCAACUUCUGGGGCGGCACCAAAGAGGAUGACAUAUUUUGUGCCCCUUCAUUUGAUGAUAAAAUUUUGGAAGUGGUCGCUGUGUUUGGUAGUAUGCAGAUGGCUGUCUCAAGGGUGAUCAAACUGCAGCAUCACCGUAUUGCACAGUGUCGCACGGUGAAGAUCACCAUCCUGGGAGAUGAAGGAAUGCCGGUCCAGGUGGAUGGAGAAGCCUGGAUUCAGCCUCCUGGAGUCAUCAAGAUUCAGCACAAGAACCGGGCCCAGAUGCUGACAAGAGACCGCGCAUUUGAAAACACGCUUAAGUCUUGGGAGGAUAAACUGAAAUACGACAAGCCUCCGCUGAGGCCGCCCCUGUAUCCUCAGCACUCUGUGGAUCUGGCCACAGAGGAGGAGGCCACGCUCAUCCAGAUGUGCGCUCGAGCCGCAGAGGAUCUCAUCACCAGGAUCUGCGAGGCUGCCAAAAACUACCAACUCCUCGAGCAGGAGCUGGCCCACGCCGUCAACGCCUCCUCACACGCCAUCAACAAAACACACCCCAAGUUCCCCGAGAGCCUGACCAGAAACACUGCCAUUGAGGUGGGCAGCACCGUGAAGGCCCUGCACAAUGAGACCGAGUUGCUGCUAGUAGGACGAGUUCCAUUGCAACUGGACCCUCCGCAUGAAGAGCUGCUGUCCAGUGCCCUGCAGAGCGUUGAGGUUGAGCUGGGAAAGCUGGCUGAGAUCCCCUGGCUCUACCACAUCUUACAGCCCAAUGACGAGGAGAGGUGGGGCACUGAGGAGGUGGCCGUCUGGCUGGAGCAGCUCAGCUUGGGAGAAUACAAAGAGACCUUCAUCCGCCACGACAUCCGCGGCUCUGAGCUCCUGCACCUGGAGAGGAGAGACCUCAAGGAUCUGGGGAUCUCGAAGGUGGGUCAUAUGAAGAGAAUUCUCCAGGGAACUAAGGACUUGGCCAAGAGUUCGAUGGUGGACCUGAGACGGGAAAAAGUCUGCUGGUUUAUCGCAAUCAAACGGCAAUCAUCGCAGUGCGGCGGUGCAGUCCAGGAAAGGUCAAAAGGGGUUUCCUUCGCCAGUGACAUACUGAUGCAUGGUAUGCUUGCUAUAUUUGGAUAG